AUGGCGAGCGAGUGUCCCGGUACGUCGGGGACCUGGUAUUACCCGCAGCAGGGUAGCGUGGCGAGUGAGACGGUGCAGUUCUGUCACAUCUGCAUACUGCCUCGGGUCGCAGGCUGGAGCCCAGAGGAGCUGCGGUGGGCCGAUGCCCAGGCCCACGCAAAGCGCCAGCAGCAGGCCUGCAGCAUUUUUAAGUUCACUGCACCCGCGCCAGCAGCACCCAACCCUGCGCCUGGGCCCAACCCCGUGCCAGCACCCAGCACACCCAGCGCGGCCACUCCCGCCGGCGCAGCGUUCGCCACCGCCACCGCUGCCGCCGCCGGCACGCGCCACUUUCCUGCCGCUCAUGCGCCCGCUGCGGCGGCAGCGCCUGUGACGGACGGCUCAGGCGGCAGCGCAGGCAGCGUCAGUGUGGAGCUGCAGGCGGGCAGCCAGAUCAGCUUGCAGCUGGCGCCAGGCGGCAGUGUGGCGCUUCGCUUGGCCGCUCCCGCCGGCCAGCCACUGACGCUGAGCAUCGCAGCGAGCGGCGCUUUCGGUGCCAGCGGCUCCCCAGCGCCUGCCCAGCAGCAGAGCAGCAGCGGCGGUUGGCAGCCGCAGGCGCCGCAGCCCCAGGCCGUUCCGCCGGCGGCGCCGGCGGCGCCACCGCCUGGGGGCCAAGGCGCCGCCGCCGCGGCAGGCGGGCUCAGCAGCUUCCCCAACUGUGCCGCCAGCAGCGCUGGCGCAGGUGCAGCCGGCGCUGGCAGCGAGCCCGCAGCAAGCCAGGCGGCAGCAGCAGAGGCAGCGCCUGCGGAGGGAUUGCUGGAGGGCGGGCGCCUGCUGCGCAGCAUCCGGCUGGAUGAGGAGGCUGGAGAGGCGGUGCGCCUGUGCGCUGCCGACAGCUCUGUCACCCUGCUGGCGGCGGCGGGUGUUGCGGGGUGUGCGGGCAGUCGCGGACGUGGGCACGUGUGGCGCCUGCCCUUCCGCCAGCUGGACCGCCUGUCCCGCAUGCUGACCCGGGCAACCACCGAGAACCUGUGUGGCCUGCGGCUGUGGAGCCGGGGCGGGGAGGGGCUGCUGCGCCGCCACUUGCUGCCCGGGGCCGCCGACGCGCUUGCCUCUGCCAGCACUGCUGCCGCGGCGGCAGCGCUAGCAGCUGGCAGCCCAGGUGCUGCCACCGAGCCAGGCGCUGGAGCGGGAGGUGGGAUCCAGGAGGGGGAGCAGCAGCAUUCUGAAGGGCCCGGAUUGGAUAGCAGCGCUGCGCCGCCCCAGCCAGGCAGUCCUGGCGAGCUGCUGCGCCAGCUGCGAGCGGCGGCGCCGCAGGCCUGCACCACGUCCCAGCCGGCGCCGGUGCCGGGCUGGAGCGAAGCUGGCCAGCAGGCGGCCGGGCGGCUGCACGCUUCCAGCGUCGACGCAGCCUCUCCCUCCGGGCUGCUGUCCAGGCUGCGCCAGCUGCAAGCCCAGGCUGGAGCGGCCAUGGUGGGCGGCGACGACAGCGGCAGCAGCAGCGAGGGGCCGGCGCUGUGGGUGGUGCGCGGCGUGCUCGGCUUUGUGUCUGUGGCGUGCAUCCAGGAGGCCGUCAGCCUGCUGGCCGUGUCGGAUGCUGUGGCGCUGGCCAUGCUGUCGCCCCUGGUGGUGGCUGCCGCCGGCACGCUGUUGCUGCGGGAGCGCCCGCCGCAGAUGCUGCUGGUGGCGCUCCCCAUGGCCACGUCGGGGGCGCUGCUGCUGGUCAGGCCCGCGUUCUUCCAAACCUUCAUGGGUGACGGCGCGGCACACGGCGCCGACUCUGGCGCCGACGGCGGCACGGCGGGACUGGCGCCCGCCGCGGCCGGCGUGGCGUUUGGCCUGGCCCACGUGCUUUCCUCUGCGGGCGCCAAGCUGAGCGUGCGCCAGCUGGCGGCCGGCUCCUCUUCCCACCAGGCCGCCAGUGCCAUCGUGCUGUCGGCGGGCCUGGUGUCGGCGCUGGGGUCGGCGGCGGCGUGCAUGCUGCAACAGGCGCGCCUCGUGUGGCCCCAGCACGCCGCCGGCUGGGCUCUGCUAGCGGGCAUGGGAGCUGCGAGCUUCGGCCACCAGGCGGCCAUGACAGCGGCCAUGCAGCGCACGCCGGCCACCAGGGCCGCCCCGCUGUCCUACCUCUCAGGGGUCUGGAGCCUGGCUGCCGACUUUUACCUGUUUGGGCACGCCCCUUGUGCCAGCUCCAUCGUGGGUGGCGCCGCCAUCUGCCUGGGCGGCCUGCUGGUCACCUGCGAGCGAGCCGGCUCCUCCGGUGCUUAG